CUCUAUAUAUACACCACCCACUCCCAUUCUUUUUUCAUUAAAUUCUCUCAAUCUUCAAUUUCAAACACCAUUCUUUCAAUUCUCAUCAUUCAACACAUGGUUUCUUUACAAUUCUCACCAGCUAAUUUAUCUUCUUUGAGGACAACUAACGCUGCUAUUCAUCUCCCAAAACUGCUACGUCUCCCUAAUUUCUCAAUUCCACAACUACCAAAAACUAAACUACUUCUUCAGGAACUUGAUAGAUCCAUUGAAAAACAGAACACUAAUAACGUUGUCUUCACAACACAAUCAAAUGAGGAUUUGUAUACACGCAAUAACAAAAACUCAAAUGCUAUUAUUAAACUCUAUGCAGUUUUGGAAGCUGUAUGUGACAGAGUUGAAAUGCACAAAAACAUUGGUGAACAACGUAAUAAUUGGAACACUCUUCUUUUAAAUUCCAUCAACAUGAUUACUCUAACUGCUACAACUAUAGCUGGUGUUGCUGCUGCUACCACUGCUUGUUCUGAUUCAUCACUUUUAGCUUUGAAGUUAUCUUCUGCUCUUUUAUUCUCUGCAGCUACUGGUUUAUUAAUUGUUAUGAACAAAAUUCAACCCUCUCAACUCACCGAAGAACAACGAAACGCUACCAGAUUGUUUAAACAGCUUCAGAAACAAAUACAAACUACAAUAGCUCUUGGAAAUUGUACAGAAGAAGAUGUGAAGAGUGCAAUGGAGAAAGUUUUUGCACUUGACAAAGCAUAUCCACUUCCUUUAUUAGGAGCAAUGCUUGAAAAAUACCCUGCAAAAUUUCAACCUGCUGUUUGGUGGCCUUUGAGAAAAAACAAAAGUUUGAAAGGAAAAAGACUAAGCAAGAAAAUGAAUGGAUGGAGUGAAGAAUUAGAAAUGGAAAUGAGGGAAGUUGUUGAAGUUAUUAAGAGAAAAGAUAGUGAGGAUUAUGAGAGGCUUGGAAACAUAGCAUUGAAAGUAAACAAGAGUUUGGCAAUAGCAGGACCUUUACUUACUGGCAUUGCAGCUAUUGGAUCUACAUUUAUAGGACAUGGCUCUUUGGUUGCUUUGGUUCCUCUUUUGGCUGGUUCUUUGGCUUCUGCUGUUAAUACUUUUGAGCAUGGUGGACAAGUUGGCAUGGUUUUUGAAAUGUAUAGAAGUUCUGCUGGAUUCUUUAAUUUGGUUGAAACAUCAAUUGAAUCAAGUUUAGGUGAGAAAGAUUUAGAAAAAAGAGAAAAUGGAGAGUUGUUUGAAAUGAAGAUGGCUUUGCAGUUGGGGAGAAGUGUAUCUGAACUGAGAGAACUUGCAUCAAAAUCAGCUUCUUGUCGCAUGGAAGGUGUUGAUAUUGAUGAAUUUGCCAGCAAGCUCUUCUGAGAUAAUUUUCAUGACAACCACAUUCUUUUGUUUUUUAUGUAUAGAUCACAUUCUUUUAUUCUUUCAAGUAAAUUUAUUGUUAGUCAUCUCACAUAGAAAGCAAAUGUUUAUAUAGGCUAGAGAGAUCUGAUUCUGCAUAUAUAAUUUCUAAUUUCAUAAUGUAAUUCAGUAGUUGAAUUCAUGUUAUAUAUAUUCUUUUUCCCAA